GUGACUGGUGGUCAGGGGAGGCGUCAGGCUCAUCCGAGGAGGAGCUGUGGGAGCCGCCGCGGGGACGACGAGGAGGAGCCAGCCAGGGGGUGCGGAAGGAAGGGCCCAGGAGGUGUGAGGAAAUGGAGGCUGAGAGUUAAGUGACCAGCCCAGGGUCACGUCGGCGGGACAAUCCAGUUCUGGCCCCUGGCUGCGCGGGUUUCGGUCUCCGUCCACUCUGCGGCCUGACGGGAAGGUGCCAGCCCAGCUAGGCUCCGGCCAGACCUUGGGGAAGACAGGUCCAGUCCAAAGGGACAGUGGGUGUUUGUGCUUGGAACAGCCUGCCUGUGUGUCCUCUCUUCUUUCCCUCACUCACUUCCCCACCGCCUGGGGGUGCAGGGCUCACUGGAAGCCCCACCGCCUUCCCCGGCACAGCCUUCUCUCCUGGGGGCUGUGGAGCCGGACACCCUGGGGGCCAUGCAGAAGGCUGGGGCAGGGGGCCGGAGGGCCUCCGACUGUGGCCCUGCCCCUCCUCGGCCCAGGUGCAUCACCAAGUUUGCCCAGUACGUGGGCUCCUUCCCCGUGGAUGACCUGGACACACAGGAGAGCGUGUGGCUGGUGCAGCAGCAGCUGUGGGCACUAAAGGACUGUCCCCGGCGCCGGGCCGUCAUCCUGAAACUCAGCCUUCAGGGCCUCAAGAUCUACAGCGGGGAGGGCGAGGUGCUCCUGAUGGCUCACGCCCUGAGGCGCAUCCUCUAUUCCACUUGGUGCCCGGCCAAUUGCCAAUUUGCCUUCAUCGCCCGAAACCCACGGAGCCCGGCCAGCAAUCUCUUCUGCCACCUUUUUGUGGGCAGCCAGCCUGGAGAGAUCCAGAUCCUGCACCUGCUCCUCUGCCGUUCCUUCCAGCUCGCUUACCUCCUGCAGCACCCUGAGGAGCGGGCACAGCCUGAGCCCUUCCCGGGACCUGCAGGGGAUGUGCCCCUGAAGCCACUGCCAAGGCCCGGGGAUCCCCCUGUCCUGGUGCGGGAGCCCUUCGGCCGAGAUCAGCUCUCACAGAACGUCCACGCACUGGUCUCCUUCCGGCGGCUGCCAGCAGAGGGGCCAGCAGGCAGUGGGAAGGAGCUGCCAGAGUCAGAAGGCCGAGGAGGCACCCGCCAUAUCCGCCUGGGGAACCCCUACUGCUCACCCACGCUGGUGCGCAAGAAGGCCAUCCGCAGCAAGGCCAUCCGCUCAGGGGCCUACCGCGGCUGCACCUACGAGACUCAGCUGCAGCUGUCGGCUCGGGAGGCCUUCCCUGCCGCAUGGGAGGCGUGGCCCCGGUGUCCCGGUGGCCCCUCGUGCCUGGUGGAGAACGAGGGCAGCCUGACGGAGAACAUCUGGGCCUUUGCUGGCAUCUCCAGGCGCUGUGCCCUCGCCCUGCUGCGGAGGGACGUCCUCGGGGCCUUCCUGCUGUGGCCCAAGCCGGGCGCCAGCGGCCAGUGGUGCCUGUCGGUGCGGACGCAGUGCGGCGUGGUGCCCCACCACGUCUUCCGGAACCACCUGAGCCGCUACUGCGUGGAGCACCUGCCUGCCGAGUUCCCCAGCCUGGAGGCCCUGGUGGAGCACCACGCAGGGACAGAGCGCGGCCUCUUCUGCUCCCUCGACAUGGGCCGCCUGAACCCCAGCUAUGAGGAGCAGGACUGUGGGCCCGAGGAUAGGCCUCCCCGGGCUCUCCGGCCUCUUGGCCAUGCCAAGUCCGAGGCAGAACUGCAGGGCCUGGGCUAGGCAGCCAGCCCCACAUGCACUGGCCCCACCGCCCCCUGGCUCCUGGGCCUUUGCAGCCCGCUGUGCCCUUCUUCCACCCUGCUGGUCACCGGUCCCAUCUAGUCACUCUGCCCCUUGGGCCAGUCUUCCAUUGCUUCACUGCCUGUAGGAGGGGGAACCCUGAGAUUCGGGAGAGCCGAUGUCUUCUCAGGGGAUAAGUGACCACUGAGCUUCCAGGAGGGGCAGGCAAAGCUCCGGCUUCCAUAAACCUGUUGUCCCUGGGCUUCCACUUGGCUCCAAGGCCAGGAGCUUGCCGAGGAGGGCAGGAAGCUUUGUUCAUGAUGGAGGUAUGGCCCACUGAAGCAGGCCAGGCCUUGGGGCCUUGGUUGGGAGCCCUCAAGAGAGCUGACUGAGGAAACCAGACAAGCGAGGGAGGGAGAGAUCUUUGGAGGAUAGACCUGCGGGUGAGCCACCCUCUCCCUGAGAGACAGCAGCAGUGACUCGGUGGAGCUUAAGGGCGUGGAGGUGGGUCAAGCUACGUCCAGGCUGAAGGGGUUGGCCUGAUUCUCACAUGCACCAGAGGUUGAAGAGGUCUUACCUUGAGUUCUGAGGAGCGAGGGGUCAGAAAGGUGCAGGAAAGGCCAAGAGCCAUGCCAGCCAAAGCCCAGGCACAGGUGGACCCCUGUGUACAGAAACGGAUGUGAACCAGCAGGUGGGGCAAAGAAGCUGAAUGUAUUGCUUAGGAAGGCUGGUUUGUGUGCACCAGAAACUAGAGGAUUGCUAUUCCCAUGAUCCAAUCAUCCCAACACUCCCAAGAACCACCAAGCCCUUCCCACCUGCCCCCAGGGCUCGUUUCCUUUGGCCAUUUGACUGGGGUGACGGGGUGGGACAGCCAUGAGCCUCAGGCUUCCAGGAAUAACCAGGGCUCAGCCCCUCUGCCCAACUCAUCCCACAGACCACAGUCUGGGGUUUGGUGGCUGCCUCAGGAAGCUGCCCAAUGCUGGUAUUUUCCUUAAGGUGGCUCUGACCUUGGCUGCCAGGGGCCACCGCACCAGACCAACCCCAUUGUUUUUCCUCCCUUGGGGCUGGGGUCAGAGCAGAACUAUCUGAAGGUAGAACUGCUGUGGGCCCUGCCAGAGGAGGCUUGGCCUUAGUGGGCAGUGGGGGCUCCUGGGAAUGAUUCUAGUAGCAGGCCACAGCUCUGCUCUGCUGGUGACUGACAAAUCCAGGCACCCCCCACCCCCACCCCUUUAUUGAUAGACAGGUAUGAAUCUAUACUGGAUUGUUAAGUUAGGGAACAAGUUCCUUUUGGAUGAACUGCUAUUCCUGAGGCAGAAUUAUAGUCUUGAUUCUGGGGAUUACCCUUUCCCCCACUGGGGAGUGGGAUGGGAAUAUUCAGUGGUUUGAAAGUAACAGAUUUCUUACUUGGUGAGUGGGAAGGCAGGAUCCUGAGAGAUUCAGUCCCAGUUUACAACUGCCUGCCCAGAGUAUGAUCUUGGCUGGGGGCCAGAGUUGACAAGUGAGAUAUCUUGUCCCAAAGGACAGGAGGAAGUUGUCUUUUGAGGGCCCUUUUCACUGUAAACACAGGACUCCUUUUAUAGUGAAUGUAAACAGGAACCUGGGACUCCUUGUACAAGCCCUCUGCUGGAACCCAUCUCUUCCAGGGGCAAAGCCCUGGUCCUGAGUGAAAGGCUCCAGGCUCCCUUUUCCCUGGAGAGGAGAGGGGUUUGGUGAUUUACUGCCUGGGAUUACAGCCCUGGAGGUGGGCAUUUAAGAAGACCAGGGCGUGAGCCAAAGCUUAUGUCAAUGAGGGACAAGUUUUGUUGCAUUAAUUAUCCAAGUGUUGGACAAGCUAUCAGGGAAAUGUUCACCAUGCUGAAGAGACUAGCCUUCCCCAAGCACUUUAACAUUCCCUCAAGCAGCAUUUAUUGAUUACAUGUUACAAAUAGGGCAAAAUCCUUUGGCUCAUGUGUGAAGUCCUCAGUGUCUUAAUUACACGCCCCAGUUUUCUCUUUGUUCAAACCAACACCACCCAGCUUGCAGCAGCCUCGUUCUCCUUACUGUGUGGACUUGAAACGAAUAAAAUGCAUUUCUUCC